UGCUUUCGGACUACUGACAAAGUUUUGCUUGAAGAGACAUUGGCAAGAUACAGGUAUGGCGAUAUAUAUUCACUGAUCCUUCAGCCUUGAGACACAUUCGCUAUCAGUCACGCCACUCAGUCAACCUGGGGGAUCCAUUCGAAACGAUGAACCAGGAUCAAGCACAACAUUGGCUCUGGCUGCUAGGUGCUUCAGGAAGUCCGACGCUGCCUCUCACCUAUUGCAACGAUAUCAAUAUGAGCCUGUGCAAUCAGAGCAUGGAUCCUGGGCAGCUACCGGCACAAUGUCACUUCAAUGGAAGCAUCACCCCUUUCGCAGAUCUACAACAGGUAGAAAACUGGCCAUACCCAACUACGGACUACAACUUACAAGCUCUCACCGCUCUGCAGCCUUUCGGUCGUAUAAGUCAACCAUCUACACACCUACAAGAUACAAGAGGUCCUCUUGUUGCAGACAUGACGCAAGACGUCUCUCUCAUGGACAAUCAUCCAAGCAGCCCAGGAUAUCACAGCGACAUCGGAAACCCGGCGUCUUUCUGCCGGGACGAUUCAAACAACUUGCCACGACCGAGUCAACGACCAUCGCAACGUCGAUACUCUUUCGCAACGCUGGACUCAUCCUUCCAGCAUGUAUGUUUCGAGCGUUGCUGCGGAGGUCGUGUGUUCUCAUCGGCAAGCAACCUGCGACGACAUCAAAGAGAACGGUCUCGUCAAGCACACUUGUCCAUCUGCCCGCUGUGCAAUCGCGGUUUUUACAGACGGUGGACUCGAGACCAACAUCUUUUGCGACUCAGCUGUAGAAGGCGAUGGCGAUCUCGUGGUAUUCUUGCAGACACAUAUGUCGAUGACCUAAGACUUCAACCGCAAUGACAGACAUGUUCAACUAGAUUGCUGUCGCUCUUUCUUUCCAUA